AUGGGUGUCCUUACUGACCGCACCGUGGGUGUCACUGUCAUCCUGGUGUCGACGCUGAUUUUCCUGUACUACACCAUGUGGGUGAUCAUCAUGCCCUUUGUCGACGCCGACCAAACCAUCCACGCCUUCUUCCCCGACCGCUACUGGGCCGUGGCCCUGCCGGCUGGUCUGAUUGUCCUGGGCGUGUCGGUGGUCCUUGCCUUCCUCGGGGUUAUGUCCCUCAAGGCCCCGGCUCGGGCUACGACCGCCGCUCCCGGCACCGGCAUCAAGGACGAUUGA